UCGGGCGCAUGCGGCAACCUCCCCUUCGCUGUCGCGAGGUUUCGUCUUCCCGGAAGCCCUGGAGGACCGUCCUCGUGAACGGCGUCGGCAUGUGUGGGGGAUGUGUGGAGAAGGAGUAUCCCAACCGGGGUAACAUCUGCCUGGAGAAUGGAUCUUUCUUGCUGAACUUUACAGGCUGUGCAGUGUGCAGUAAGCGGGAUUUUAUGCUGAUCACAAACAAAUCUUUGAAAGAGGAAGAUGGAGAAGAAAUAGUUACCUAUGAUCAUCUGUGUAAGAAUUGUCAUCACGUAAUAGCCAGGCAUGAGUACACAUUCAGUAUCAUGGAUGAAUUUCAGGAGUACACCAUGCUGUGUCUGUUAUGUGGCAAAGCUGAAGAUACUAUCAGUAUUCUCCCUGAUGACCCUCGACAAAUGACUCUGUUAUUCUAGGAUCUUUCUGCAGUUCUGUAGUAACUAUGUUGUAUUGGUUUACAAUACAGCAAGCCUCAUGGUUUGUCUUACUUUGUUUAUAAUGGAAAUUAUUUUGCAUAUUUUUUUCUGCUUAGACUUAACUAUCCUUUGAAAGAAAAAGUAAUUUAGGGGAUUAUAUUCUUCUGCUGAGCUCUUCUGCUAAAGUUCCCAGUUCACAUCAAAAUGAAGACUCUCUAUUAGAAGUUAUGUGGCUAGAAAAUAAAACUAGAAUGGGAGCAUACCUAAUGCCCAGGUCUUAGUCCCAAUAAAAGGAACCAGGGCUCCUUGGAGAAAUGAUUGAUUCUAGGACUGGGGCAGUAAAUAUACACGAUGAGCUUGGAGCAUUUUGUGCCACAAGGAAAGUGCCAAAAAACCCCCCCAAAAAACCAAACCAAAACAAAACAAAACAAAAAACCCAUAAAACACAAUGAUUGGAAGUAUGUCAAAAGGACAAAAGAGCCAACUGAAGGAGCUCCCAGUGACUGAAGUUGGAAUAGUUUCAGCAACAAAAUAAAGUAGUAUUGAAUUAUAACCUAAACGCUAAAUAUUCAUUAGUCAUUACUGAUAAAAAUAAAUGAUUGAAAAAAUAAAUACAAAGAUUGGAAGAAUAGACAUGCAGAAGAAUUUCAAAUAAUAUAUGUAGAUACUUCCCACUCCUUAAGGAUGGGUUAUGCAUAGCAGCUUCCUUCCAAAGAGUAGAGUAGGGUAUGCCAAGGGAGAAAAGUGACUUUACAGUGGAAAAAUCUGACAAGCACUAGCUCCACCAAAUGACCAAGAUUAACAUCCUCAAUGAUAACCCUAUCGAUAAUAGCAUGUACCCUUGAUAAGAUGUGAUGAAAGGGUACUUUACCUUUGUGGUCUUCCUCCCCCAAACCCAUAACCCCAAUCUAAUCAUGAGAGAAACAUCAGAGAAAUCCCACUUGAGGGCCAGCUUACAAAAUAACUGACAAGUACUCCUCAAAAUUGUCAAGGCCAUAAAGACAAGUUUGGGAAACUCGCACAGCCAAAAAGAGUGUAAAGAAAUGUGACAACUAAAUGUAAUGAAGUGUCCUGGGACAGAAAAAGGACAUUUGGUUAAAACUAGCAAAAUCUGAAUAUGGGCUUUAAUUAAUAUAUGUAAAUAGAAUGAUUUCAACUGCUCCAAAGAAAUCUUAGACUAUCUCACCUUGUAUAGUUGAAAGAACACUGGCUUGGGUAUCAGAAACCCUGGCAUUUAGGUCUGUCUUCCACUUGGUAGCAGUAUAACCAUUAAGCAAAGCAUAACUCUGGUCUUUAUUGUCCCAUUUCUAUUAGAUUGGGCUGAUAAAAAUUCACUGUAUUGUUCAAAGAUCAAAUGAAUAAUGAAUGUAAAUUGCUUUAGAAAGCAUAUAAAGUACUAUAU